AUGCGCCUAAGUAAUGUGCAGCUUCGAUUUGUGUGUAUUUGUCUGCUUUCGCUUUUCUUCCAUGUUGAUCUCCGCUCUUUUUUUGUCUGGGGAGGGGAGAUGCUGCGUUGCUCGUUACAAUGCCUUCUCUUCGGUAGGCUGGGACGCACAAAGCUGGGCGCUGAGGUGCUCAUGAAGACGCGCUACGAGAUGCGGGAGAUGUCGCAAUCAGACAAUAGAUUUAUUCGUUUCUUGGCGCGGCGGCGGCCGAUUGAUUACUUGGCGCUUGAGGUGGAUGGCCCCAUCACGAGGGAGCUGCACUCAUCAUUUCGUAUCGUGAAAAACGUCUGCACCUUCCUAUUUGCGGCUCCAGUCCUUGCCCUGCUGGUGAUGGGCGUAUUGUCGCCGAGUUACUACGUGUUAGUGCUGCCAGGCUUCGUCACAGGGGAUCAGUUUGAGCGCAUGUGGGAGUUCUCGCACUGGGCGAUUGUCCUCGCUGGCCAACUCUUCUUGUUUGUCGUCUUCUACGAUCUCAGCGUGUACGUGCGAUACCCCUUCUUUGCGUACGUGCUGGCGCCAUUCUACCGUCGGAUGGGCUGGCGGUCCUCGCAGCUACGAUCGCAAGCCAAGACGCUUGAUGAGUUGCGGCGCCACCGACCGCACGCGCGGCCGCUUGGUGUCCCGCUGAGUGAAGCGAAACGAGCGUCGCGCGAUGUGCAGCGCCCCGACCCUUUCGGGCGCCGGCAGAAGAAGAGGGAGUAG